AUGGAGAAGGACGAAUCUAUUGCCGUCACCACCGGUGCCAUGGUCGAUGAGACCGCACCGGAUGAAACACUCAAGCAACUCCGUAACCUCAAGGACCACCACCACUGGGAUCCUAACCUUCCUGAGGAUGUUGUUGACGAGCUUGACGAGGCCUUGCACACCACCGAUGAGAAGACUCAAACCGCCAUUGCCCACGAACUAUUGGACAACUCUCCAUAUCCUGAAGUCAGGUCUGCCGUUUCCAACGUCGAUGAGGGUGGACCUGUCAACACAAUCCGUGCCUGGGUCAUCGGUUUGCUCUUCGCAACCAUUGGCUCCUCUCUCAACAUGCUGUUUUCCAUGCGCCAACCUUACAUCGUUAUCCCUUCAUACAUCGCACAAGUCGUGGCAUACCCAUUCGGCAAAGCUUGGGAGAAGUAUAUGCCAGAGAAGAGAUUCCGUGUUUUUGGCUAUGAGUUCGAACUGAACCCGGGCCCCUUUACAAAGAAGGAGCACACUAUCGCAGUCAUUAUGGCAAACGCCACCUUCGGAGGCGGCGCCGCCUAUGCUACGGACGUGCUUUUGGCUCAGCGGGCUUUCUACAAGCAACAUUUCGGAUGGGGCUUUGAGAUCCUCAUGUGCAUCUCUACUCAGAUGCUGGGCUUUGGCAUAGCAGGCUUCUUCACUCGCUUCUUGGUCGAGCCCGCUGCCAUGAUCUGGCCGUCCACUCUGAUUAAUACCUCCCUCUUCACUGCCCUCCACGACCGAUCGCUGCCAGACCCAAGCAAGGUCUCGGGAUGGACUGUUGGAAAGUAUCGCAUGUUUCUGUAUGUCAUGCUUGGUUCUUUCUUCUGGUAUUGGAUUCCCGGAUACAUCGCUCCAUUCCUGAGCAUCUUCGCUUGGGUCACAUGGAUCAAGCCAAACAACGUCGUCGUCAAUCAACUCUUCGGUGGUGCGACCGGUCUUUCGCUCAUCCCCAUGACUUUUGACUGGACUCAAGUUGCAGGUUUCAACUUUAGUCCUCUGAUCGCUCCAUGGUAUGCUAUCUCCAACACCCUGAUUGGCAUGGUCAUUUUCUUCUGGAUCGUCGUGCCCGGAAUUCACUAUUCCAACAUGUUUUACUCGCAAUUCUUGCCUAUGAGCGAUUCCAACAGUUACGACAACACCGGUGUCAAGUACAACGUCUCCAAGAUCUUGACUCCCGAUUUCACCUUCGAUGCCUUGAAGUAUGAGAACUAUUCUCCUCUGUUCUUGUCCAGCACCUUCAUGAUCUCUUACGGCCUUUCCUUUGCCAGUAUCAUUGCUGUGCUGGUCCAGACUGGUCUUUUCAACGGCUCUGAUAUCUGGGCCCGAUUCCGCCGUGUGGGUAGAGAGGAAGAAGAUGUCCACGGUCGCCUCAUGGCCAAGUACAAGACAGUUCCCCUUUGGUGGUAUGCCGCCGUCUCUCUUGUAAUGAUCGCCAUCGGCUUUGGUGUCGUGCUAGGCUGGCCUACACGCAUGAGCUGGUGGUCUUUCAUCAUUGCGCUUUUGAUCGCAGUUGUGUGGUUCGUCCCCCUUGGUAUCAUUAAGGCAUCCACCAACAUCGACAUUGGUCUCAAUGUCAUCACCGAGUUCAUCAUUGGUUACAUGCAGCCUGGUCGCCCCAUGGCCAUGAUGCUGUUCAAGACCUAUGGCUACAUCACUAUGUACCAGGGCAUGUACUUCUCUCAGGAUCUCAAAAUUGGUCACUACAUGAAGAUUCCUCCCCGUGUAACCUUCUCGGCCCAAAUGGUCGCUUGUCUGUGGUCCUCCCUCGUGCAGAUCGCCACUAUGAACUGGGCUCUCGGAGCCAUCAAGGACGUGUGUGACCAGAACCAGCCUAACCACUACAGCUGCCCGAACGGCCGUGUCUUCUUCAACGCCUCCGUCAUCUGGGGUGUCAUUGGCCCUGCACGCAUGUUCUCCCCAGGCCAACUGUACUCACCUCUAAUGUGGUUCUUCCUCGCCGGUGCCAUUCUCCCUGUAAUCAUCUGGUUCGGCGCGCGCACUUGGCCCAAGAGCCCGAUCAAGUACCUCAGCGCUCCUAUCAUCUUCGGAGGCGCCGGUUUGAUCCCACCCGCCACUCCUCUGAACUAUCUUUCCUGGGGAAUUGUCGGCUUCGUCUUCAACAAGUGGAUCCGUGACCGCUUCCGCGGUUGGUGGAUGCAGUACAACUACAUCGUGUCCGCGGGUCUGGACGUCGGUCUUGCACUGUGCACCAUCUUAAUUUUCUUGACUCUUAACUUGACCGACACCAAUUUCCCUUCGUGGUGGGGUACGGACAUUGCGUCCAAUACCAUGGACACGAUGGAUACUGCUAUUCGGAACCCUGUCUCGGACGGUGAGACUUUCGGUCCUGCCAAAUGGUAG